AGCUCCUCACCCAAAAGCUCAUCGCCGAGCAAUUUAGCGGCAGGGAAUUCCAUCCCAUCUGAGUUGACUCAGAUCCUCAUCUGAGUCAGAAGAGACGCAAAAAUUCGAAGUAAAAGAACGUUCUCAGAACCUCCUCAAAUCGAAAUAUUUCGAUUUUCGAGUUGAAAUUUUAAAGUUUAAAAUCAAGCACACGAUCCACUUAUGGCGACGAACCACCUGCUCGCGACGCCAGCCUUCGCGCUGCCCUUAGGCUCAUCAAGUGAUGACGAAGACGACGGCGGCAAGGAUGCAGGUGUCUACAGCUUUGGACAGGUGCGCAACACGAACGAAUCAUCGAACACUCAAUGCAUUGCACCGACAAAAUACGCGAUCCUGUGAAUCGUUGUCUAGAACACAUACGGAGAGCUGGCGCUUGGUGACACCAACGAUCGAAGCAAUCCGACACGCGUUGAUCUCGGUAGAAACAGUGGUGGAAAGCGCGUCGUGGACGUGGCCUGCGGGAACGAGCAGACCGCCAUCCUGUUCGGUGGGUCUGCUAGACUGAGUGUAGCAGUGUGUCGUUUCAGGCAUUACUUGUAUACUAAAGCUGCUUGGUGCAAUUUCGGGUGCGCGUCAUUCGCAUUUGUCUGUAGAAAAUGGAGAUGUCUUCACUUGCGGGUAUAACGACAGUGGGCAAUGUGCAAUUGGCACGACGGAGCGAGUUCCGACGCUACGCUUUUCGCCUGGACUUAGCUCCAAUCGCACAGCUCGAGUGUUUUCAGGGAAUGGAAGUGAACACCUUGCAGCACUGAGCGGUGGGUAGCAAGUCCAAGUGGGUGAUGAUGAAGUAUUUAUCGGUUCUUACGUUUGAAAUGACUGUAUGGCGGUGACAUUGCAGCAAAUGGAAACUUGUAUACUGUCGGGUUUAAUAUGCGUGGUCAAUUGGGGCUCGGCACGGCGACUACUGUCACGGAGGCUACGCUUGUGGAAGAAUUGGUCGGCAAGCGCGUGGUUGACGUUGCGUGCAGUUACUUCCACACCGCAAUCGUCAUAGAUAAUGGAGACUUAUACGCCUGCGGCUGCAACGACUACGGUCAGCUAGGCUUGGGCGACCACAGCGGUCAGCUUGUACCUCGACCUGUAGAAUAUUUUUUUCGUCGCCCCGUCCUGGCGGUUGCGUGCGGUCAGCACUACACAAUCGCAUCAUUGAGGGAUGGAGGAGUUGUUGCGUUCGGGAAAAAUGACCAUGGUCAACUUGGACUUGACCGUGUAUCUGAGCCAGUUUUGCAACCUACCCGUCUAGCUCCCCCGCUUGAUAGAGCAGUAGUGCCUCAAUUGUCGUGUGGGUACCACCACACCGCUAUUGUCACGGAGGAUGGUGCUGUAUACACGUUUGGACGCAACGACUACGGGCAACUUGGUCUUGGACACAAGCUACACACGGCACGACCAACGCAUGUAGAAAGUCUGUCGCGAAUGAGGAUCACACAGGUUGCAUGCGGUUGCUACCAUACCCUUGCUCUUUCGGGCGAUGGGAAAGUAUUCCCAUUUGGUCGCAAUAAUCACGGCCAACUAGGGCUGGAGACGACCGUGGACUGCCUAAGCCCGCAACUCAUUUCGACUUUACGGAAUAAAUCCGUUAUCAAGGUUGCUGCAGGAUUUUACCAUUCGGUCUGUUUGGUUGGUAUGCUCAAAGACGAGAACCAAUCUACGAACGGGUCUGGGACACUAAGCGGGGAUUUACGCAAAAUGCUCAACAACUCAACUCGGAGUGAUAUUACCUUCGUGAUAGAAGGGCGCCCUCUCUUCGCACAUAGUUGUAUAUUGGUUGCUCGUUGUGAGCCGCUUGAGAAAAUGCUUGACGGACGAAUGAAGGACGGAUCUCAACCAGAAAUCGCCAUCCCCGAAUACUCGUACGACGUCUUUGCUGCUUUUAUGGAGUUCCUGUACACUGAUCAAGUGGUAGCACUAGCAACACCAGAUUUGGCAGCAGACUUUGCUCUGGAGCUACACGCGCUGGCAGACCAAUACCUGGUUACAAGUCUUCGAAGGUUAUUCCACACCCUUGCUGAAGCGAAAUUCGUGCAAACUAACGUAAAUUGUUCUCAUCAUUAUUCGGCAGUGCAUGUGAAAACGCAUUACUGCAAAUUCUAUCAGUGGAGAAUGUUGUAAUCAUCGUUGAGGUAUGUUCGCUUGUUUCUACCCGUGAUUUACAAUGGACUUGAAUUUUUGCUU